AUGUUCCCCAGCGCCACAGCCCGGGUGGUGGUUGCAUUCACAGCCAUUGGGGAAAUGAGGAUCCUGCUGGAGGAGAUGGAACGCCUGCCCUCUCCGCCCCGCCAGUGGAUCGGUACUGAGUCCUGGGUCACUGACCCAGACAUGCUGCGCUUCGGCCAGUGUGCCGGGGCCAUCGGCUUUGGCAUCCAACGCUCUGUCAUCCCCGGCCUCAGAGACUUCCUCCUGGACCUCUCCCCACAGAAGGUGUCCAACUCUCCCCUGCUCAUUGAGUUCUGGGAGGGAGCCUUUGGCUGUAGGCUGGGGAAAGAUGUUGGUGUUGAGGAGAAGGUGUGUGAUGGCAGUGAGGAUAUACAGCAGCUACAGACCCCCUACACAGAUACAUCUCAGCUGCGUAUCACUAAUAUGGUGUAUAAAGCUGUAUACGCCAUAGCACACGCCAUCCACAGCAUUGUUUGUGAAGAGAGAGAAAUCUCCACUGUGAACUGUGACAAAAACCUUAAUGUGAAGCCAACACAGGUCCUGGAGAGAUUGAGGAGUGUGAACUUCUCUCGUAAUGGGUACCAGGUGUCUUUCGAUGCCAACGGGGACCCAGUGGCCACCUAUGAGCUGGUCAACUGGCAGAUAGGGGAGAGUGGGAAGAUGAAGUUUGUGACAGUGGGGCUCUAUGAUGCGUCCCUGCCUCUUGACCAGAGGUUUGACAUGGAGAGGGAAAUCACCUGGGUAAAGAACAGUACACAAGUACCUGUGUCAGUGUGCAGUGAGAGCUGUCCCCCAGGCACUCGUAAGGCUAUACAGAAAGGAAAGCCUGUAUGCUGUUAUGACUGUAUCCAAUGUGCAGAGGGAGAAAUAAGUAAUAAAACAGAUUCUUCAGACUGUCUGAUCUGUCCCGAGGAGUACUGGCCCAACGCUGAGAGAGACCGCUGUAUCCUUAAGCCUGUGGAGUUUCUGUCCUUCCACGAGGUCCUCGGAAUCAUCCUGACCGCCUGCUCUGUGGGCGGGGCUUGUCUGGCCAUCGCCACGGCAACUGUCUUCUACCGCCACCGAACUUCGGCCAUCGUCAGGGCCAACAACUCUGAGCUGAGCUUCCUGCUGCUCUUCUCCUUGACUCUGUGUUUUCUGUGUUCUCUUACUUUCAUUGGCCGGCCCUCUGAAUGGUCCUGUAUGCUGCGUCACACAGCGUUUGGGAUCACCUUCGUCCUCUGCAUCUCUUGUGUUCUGGGGAAAACAAUAGUGGUGUUGAUGGCCUUCAGGGCUACACUUCCAGGCAGUAAUGCCAUGAAAUGGUUUGGCCCUCCACAGCAGAGAUUGACUGUAGUGUCCUUCACGUUUGUUCAGGCUUUGAUAUGCACUCUGUGGUUGGUCCAGUCCCCUCCCUUCCCCAUUAAAAACCUCACUACCUACAAGGAAAAGAUCAUUCUAGAGUGUGAUGUGGGUUCAGCUAUUGGUUUCUGGGCUGUGUUGGGCUAUAUAGGACUGCUGUCUCUCUUGUGCUUUGUGCUGGCUUUUCUGGCUCGGAAGCUGCCUGAUAACUUCAAUGAGGCCAAAUUCAUCACCUUCAGCAUGCUCAUAUUCUGUGCUGUCUGGAUCACCUUUAUCCCAGCUUAUGUCAGCUCUCCUGGGAAGUUCACUGUAGCUGUGGAGAUCUUUGCCAUCAUCACCUCUAGCUUUGGGUUGUUCUUUCUAUUAUUUGUUCCUAAAUGCUUUAUUAUUCUGUUCAGGCCGGAGAAGAACACCAAGAAACACCUUAUGGAGAAGACAUCCAAUGAUAUACGUUAUUAAGAAAUUAUUGAGGGGGAAAACAUUGUAACAUUCAGUUAUAUGGUUUAUUAUACAGUUCAGUAGGACUACUCUGACAGAGAUGACCAACAAUUUAGCAGGUAAUCAUUGGUAACAUUGUAACUAGUAACAUGACACAGGUUCACUUGAGAUAUUCCAAUGUUAUGAGAGAUUGUUCAAAUCUAGAGUGUUAAAAUUUAAUUUGAACUGCUAAAUUAUGUCAUUAGCAGUAGCCUACAGAGUGGAAACAC